AAUCUGAUGUUUGAGCAAGUGCCCAUGGUGGAGAUUGAUGGGAUGAAGCUGGUACAGACCAGAGCCAUUCUCAACUACAUUGCCACCAAAUAUGACCUCUAUGGGAAGGACAUAAAGGAGAGAAGCCUGAUUAACAUGCAUACAGAAGGUAUUUUUGAUCUAACUGAAAUGAUCUUGCAACUGGUAAUAUGUCCCCCUGACCAAAGAGAAGCCAAGACUUCUUUGGCAAAAGACAGGACCAAAAGCAGAUUCUUGCCUGCCUUAGAAAAGGUGUUGAAGAGCCACGGACAAGACUACCUUGUAGGCAAGAGGCUGACCAGGGUGGACAUCCACCUGCUGGAACUUCUCCUCUAUGUUGAAGGGCUUGACACCAGCCUUCUGACCUCUUUCCCUCUGCUGAAGUUGAGAUUACCUCACAUAUGUAAUGGCAUCUACACAUAUGUCUCUGACAAUACAAUGGUGGUCCCGUAG